UGUAACCUAUUUGCGUUCCAGCUGCACUCAUUCAUUCCUGAUAACACGUAGUUUCACUGCAAUUGUUCACAAGAACUGUGUAAACAUGAUUCUCAGAAGCGUUAUUUUAACUAGUCUAUUCCUAGUUGUGUCAACUCAAAAAUAUUACUGUAGUCAUGCAUCUGCUUUGAUGCUGAUGAAAAGACCAGCUUACGAGUUCUCUAUAAAGAUUCUGGAUAGAGUAUCCCAUGAGACCGGUGGACAUUUUGUUUUCUCUCCAAUGUCGACGUGGUUGCAAUUAAUGCUGCUGUCAGAUGGAGCAAGAGGAAGGACGUUGUCGGAGAUAUGGAAGGUGACAAGACAUCACAAGAUGAAAUGCUUUCGUAGCAAGAUCAGAGACAUUUUGAAUCUUACGGAUAAAGAAUUAAAGUUGAUGAAUAGACGUAGCAGCGUCAUUGUUAUAGAUAAAUUAAUGAAGGUGAACAAGCGAUUUAAGAAUGAAUCUGAGAAACAUAAUGGUGUAAAAGUGUUGUCUUUGGAUUUUAGUGACCCGGAGCAGGCAGCGGCUGAAGCAAAUGCUGUCAUAGAGUCUGACAUGGAUGGUGUAAUCACUGAGGGGGUUUAUCCGACUGAUUUCAACUACACGGUUCUUCUGAUGAUGGAUACGACGUACUUUAGAGGUGAUUGGAAAUUUCCUUUCAAUAGUGUCUAUACUACUGUGCAGCCGUUUUAUUCUCAGCAAGGUGAACAGCUCGGUGAUGUGAAGAUGAUGAAUCAAAUAUCGUAUUUCAAUCUAGUUGAUAUACCACGAAUAAAAGCUAGAGUGUUAGAACUUCCUUGCAGUGUAGACGAUCGGGUUUCAAUGUUAGUUUUUUUACCGACCGAAGGUACUGUAUUUGAUAUAUUCUUCUCUCUAAAUGCUAUUACACUAAGAACUAUCUUUAAUUUGUAUAAACAGAAAGGAAUGCAGCUGGUUAAUGUGAAAUUACCGAGGUUUAAAAUCAUCACUGAUGUUGACACUUUACCAGAAUUGUUGUAUGAUAUGGGAGUGAAGAGAGUUUUUUAUCCACAUCUUGCUGAUUUGAAAGGAAUUAGUGAAUACGGUGUUUACGCUUCUUUGAUGUCACAAAUCGCAGAUAUAGAGGUCAUAGAAAAAGGUAUCACGGCUAAAUCCGUUGCAGAAUUUUUGGUGACAGAUAAAAAGAAUACAGCUACAUUUUACGCAGAUCAUCCAUUUGCUUUUCUUAUCGUCGAUAAAAAGACUGAAAUGAUUUUAUUUGCUGGAAGUUACAAUACACCUUCUUUGUAUUAAAAUAAGGAAAGGAUGGGUAGGGGAAGUGG